AUGAUGAUGUCAGACAACUUGGAGCUGAGUGAUGAUGUUGGUGUUCUGCCCCAUCAUGAGGUGGAGCCUGCCAGGGAGGAGGAUGGACACUGCCCCUUGCCCUUCAGGCUGCAGCUGAUUGAUGACUUGUCCUAUGAAGAUGUGAAGAAGUGUUACAGAGGAUCAACUGUCAGCAAAUACAACUCUCAGUACCACAAACUGUUCCAGACAGUUCCUAAAGAAGAGAUCCUGAUGAAAGUCUACUCCUGUGCAUUGCUCAGAGACAUCCUGCUACAGGGACGACUCUAUAUAUCCAGGAACUGGCUGUGUUUCUAUGCAAACCUGUUUGGUAAAGACAUCAAGGUCUGCAUACCUGUGGUGUCAGUUCGGCUGGUGAAGAAGCAUAAGACAGCUGGUCUGGUGCCAAAUGGCCUGGCCAUCACCACAGACACAGGACAGAAGUAUGUGUUUGUGUCCCUGCUGUCUCGAGACAGUGUCUAUGAUGUUCUCAGGAGGAUCUGCACUCACCUUCAGGUGAAUGGGAAGAGCCUGAGUCUGAAGCAGUUCAUGGAAGAGCCCAGCUCUCUGGCUAUGGAUGAGUAUCCAGAGUUGUUGAAAUGGAGGAGGAAACCAUCACUCCCUGCCGUCUCCUCUUCACUCCCAGAUUUGUUGGGAAACUCAUCCCCCAGCCUCGCCACGGAAACGCCCUUCAGCACUCAAACACUGACUGACAGCAGUCUGGAAACAGAAAAGAUCAUGCUGACAGAACCAGUUCCUGAACUGGGACAGAUGGAGUACCAGCUACUGAAACUUUUCAUUCUGCUCGUUCUCCUGCUGGUGCUGUCGUCCUGCUAUCUAGCCUUUAGAGUUUGUCGUCUGGAACAACAACUCAGCUUCCUGAACAGCCAGUCAACACUGAGAGAGAGAUGUGGAGAGGUGCCGUCGUGGUUGGCCAAUCAGAGGACAGGGACCUGAUGCUGAAAACAAUCAGGACAUAAAGAGAAAAUCUGCACUGAUAUAGGAUUCCCAUUGGUAUGUGGUUGUUAGAGGAGAGGCACUCAGGAGACAGAUGACUAUAGAAGCCAUCAG